CUGUCACCAUGCCCCACUCGUACCCAGCUCUUUCUGCUGAGCAGAAGAGGGAGCUGUCUGAUAUUGCCCUACGGAUCGUGGCCCCAGGCAAAGGCAUUCUGGCUGCAGAUGAGUCCGUAGGCAGCAUGGCCAAAAGGCUGAGCCAAAUUGGGGUAGAGAACACUGAGGAGAAUCGCCGGCUGUACCGCCAGGUUCUAUUCAGCGCUGAUGACCGUGUGAAAAAGUGUAUUGGUGGCGUUAUCUUCUUCCAUGAGACAUUCUACCAGAAAGAUGAUAAUGGUGUCCCCUUUGUCCAGACCAUCCAGGAUAAGGGCAUUCUCGUAGGCAUCAAGGUUGACAAGGGUGUAGUGCCUCUAGCUGGAACUGAUGGGGAAACCACCACUCAAGGGCUGGAUGGACUCUUGGAACGCUGUUCUCAGUAUAAGAAGGAUGGUGCUGAUUUUGCCAAAUGGCGCUGUGUACUGAAGAUCAGCGAUCGUACACCCUCAGCGCUGGCAAUUAUAGAGAAUGCCAAUGUGCUGGCCCGCUAUGCCAGCAUCUGCCAGCAGAAUGGUAUUGUGCCUAUUGUGGAGCCUGAGAUCCUGCCUGAUGGAGACCAUGACCUCAAACGUUGCCAGUAUGUUACAGAGAAGGUCCUGGCUGCUGUGUACAAGGCCCUGAGUGAUCAUCAUGUAUACCUGGAAGGGACUCUGCUCAAGCCCAACAUGGUGACCCCUGGUCAUGCCUGUCCCAUCAAGUAUAGUCCAGAGGAGAUUGCCAUGGCUACUGUCACUGCUCUUCGUCGUACUGUGCCCCCAGCUGUCCCAGGAGUGACUUUCCUGUCUGGGGGUCAGAGUGAAGAGGAGGCAUCCCUCAACCUCAAUGCCAUCAAUCGCUGCCCACUUCCCCGGCCCUGGGCCCUCACCUUCUCCUAUGGACGUGCCCUGCAGGCAUCUGCACUCAAUGCCUGGAGAGGACAAAGGGACAAUGCUGGGGCUGCUACUGAGGAGUUUAUCAAACGGGCAGAGAUGAAUGGGCUUGCAGCCCAGGGCAGAUAUGAAGGCAGUGGAGAUGGAGGAGCAGCAGCACAGUCGCUCUAUGUCGCCAACCAUGCCUACUGAGGUGUGCCUACUCAACCUACAGCCCUUGGCCUAGUAAUAUGCACCCUGUAGUCACAGCCAGGGCCAGAUAGCCAUGCAGAACAGAGAUGUCUUCAUCCAGCACCAACUCAUCCUUUUCUCUCCUUUUUCUGUCUCACAUCACUGCACCCAAGACCACGGGAUGGGAGGGCAGGGAGGCCCCCCAAGUCUGAGGGAAGGGGGACUUUUCUAUAAGUCAGAACAGAACAUAUGGGUCUUUCCCCUGGUUCCAUCAGCCCUUACAGUUUUCCCAUGAUGGUGUAGCUUGUCCUUGGGCUCUCUCUUGGGAUCUGGGGAAGUACACCAGCCCUGACUCAUGCCCUGAGUACAUAGCAAAUAAA